AUGGCGGAUCUGCAGGAGCUGUUUGCCCGGCUCAACGGCCAGCAAGGCGCCGCCGCUCAGGGCGCGUCUGCUGGCAACCAGUCGUCCAGCUACCACCACCCGUCCGUUUCCUCCCCAAUCUACUCCCCAUCGCCAACCGGCCCUCGCCCGCAUCACCAAUCGGCUGUCAUGUCGCCAAACACGUCUGCCGCAAACACUCCGGCUCCCGACCACGGCGCUGCUCGUCCGCAAACCCAGCAGCAGCAGCAGUCGGCUAAUCUGCUCAACCUGCUCCGUUUUGGCAAUCAGCAGCCCGUUGUUUCCCAGCCCGCCAUCUCCAGCCCGCGCCCGUCACAAAACACUCAGGCCCAGGACAGCUCUCCAUCACAUGGACGCACGAUAUCUGCCUCUGAUCUCGUUGCCGGCUUCAUGGGAAAGACCUCUCCGCGGGCUCCAAUGCACUCGUCGGCGUCAGCCACCCCUGUUCCUGCCGCCAGGCCGGAGCCGUCCUUGACUUCUUCAGAAAACCCGCAGAAUCUUCUGUUGAGGUUGCUGAACCAGCCGAAGCCGUCCCAGACCGACUCUCACUCUGCCCGACAAUCUACAACGUCUUUCGCUUCAUCCACUACAAAGUUGCCUGAAACGGCCGUAGAUGAUGUCGCUCAAGACUUCGCCGAUGCGGAGUUGGAAAAGGUACCAUCCGACCCAACGGCGCGAGCAAACGCCAGGCCUGUCAUGCAUAUAUUUGGCGCUGAUGGUUCUGGACAGUCAUCACACGUUGAGCCAGACGUCGCUCCGAGGCCACCUAAAUUCACUUACGUUAACCCGUUCGAAAAAUUAGAGGCUGCGAGCCCGCGUAACCGCACUCCUAUUACUGAGAGCUCUCAAACCCCCGCUCCAAAGAUGGAGAUCCUUAAGCCGAAGCAUGCGCGAGAUGGUUCCUCAACUGCUAGCGCCGACAGCAGAGGUCGGACGUCCCACAAAGCUCGGAAGCUGUCGCCAGGAGCAUCAGUCCAGCAUGAAACGGUGUCUGAUGCUGUGAGCGGCCUUGGAGAACAGAUCGACAAGGAGGUCGGCGAAGCUCUUGCUGAAGCCGAGACUCGAUCCGAGGCGCAAGCCGUGAAGGAAUUGGAGCGGAUGUCGCCGGAAGAAGUAAAAGAAGUGGAGGAGGUAAUCAUCGAGACCGCUGUUGAAAUCAAGAAGGAACUGCAAGAUGAGAAAAAUGCCCAGGCCUUGGAAGAAACUCUGCCAAAGCCCAUGGCAGACGCUCUCAAAGAAGUUGUCGACGAGGUCGCUCAAGCAGAUGUCGCCGACAGCUGGGAGAGCGCCGAGGCCGAGGACAGCCCUGCAAAGGAUGAAGAACAGAUGGUAAUAGUCUACCGAUUCCCGAUGCGGGCCUUCUCUUCCAUCACGGUCAAGGAUAUGCCCCAACGUCGUAUUAGUUUCCGUCCCGAAUCCUUCAUGGACAUUGCUCGACUGAAGAAGGAGUUCGAUCAGAUUGAUCGCUCACUUGUUUCAGCAAGCAAGAACUUCAUUAUCUACGCCAAUGUGAAGAAUGGCGGCUUCCGCAUAAUCAAGCAGGAGAAUGGAGACUACCGUCAGGUCUUCCAAAACCACCACGAGCGGAUCUUCAACAUUGCGAUCUGUGCCCCCGGAGAGGAGUCCAACGAGCCGAUUCAGAGCAUUCUUGGCAUUGGCGUCAACGGCACCGUGUUUUGGACAUCGCUUGAGGCAGCUCGCGAGGAUCAAUUCGGCGAUGAUCUUGAUACCCGGGGCCUUAUCCUCCCACCUUCUCCAUCACAAGACGACAAUACCUCUGGGGGUCAGCUGAAGACGCGGGCCAAGCCAUCUUCUCGUCACCCAGAAUUCUUCGCCGUUGGCCGAGGCAAGUCCAUUCACAUUGUGUGGCCUAGGGUUGCCGCUGAAUACACCCGCGGGAAGAGCCGUGUGUGUCAUACCGAGAAGUAUCUAAAGGAGCGCUCUCUCAAGAUCUUGACCGGUAAAGCUGGAAAAGAUUUCACCUUCAGUGAAGAUGACACUGUUAUUGUCUCCUUGGACAAGGCCGGCCGAAUGCGUUUUUGGGAUAUCCGUACUCUCACCAACCCGGACAAGGGCAUUCCUUCCGAACCAGCUACCGCUGAGGUCAAGGACACGCUCUUGGAGUUCCAUACAACUUCACCAACUGCUAAGUCUUGGCCAACCUCAGUAUUCUUCUUCGAUAAAGACAAACCAUUCAACAAAGGAAUUGCUUUGAGGUAUGUCAUGGUUGGUAUGAAGCAGAAUCACGCCUUCCAGCUGUGGGACUUGGGUCUCGGUAAAGCCGUCCAGGAAAUCAACCUUCCGCAUGAGAAAGAGUCCGACGCGAUAUGCAGCGUUGCUUUCCACCCUAGGACUGGUAUCAUGGCCGUCGCUCACCCAACUCGCAAUUCCAUCUUCUUCAUUCACGUAUCGUGCCCACGCUAUAACUUACCUGUCCUAUCCCAGGCAGGUUACAUCUCCCGCCUGGCCACCAAGAAUGACAGGAGCCAGACACCUUUGGCUCCUGUCAACGCCACGGCAAUCAUGACCAGCAUAACCGAAUAUUCAUUCUCUUCGAAAGGUCAGAUUAGAAGUCUUCAUAUGCUACAUGAACCCGCCGGACCAGCGGACGUAGAUGACCCUGACAACGCAGCCCUGUUUGAAUUAUAUGUGAUGCACUCGAAGGGGGUUUGCAGUAUCCAGGUACGCCGAAGCGACUUGGGAUGGAAGAAGGAAGGCGAGCCCUUGCAUCCAAAGGAGGCUGAGGAGGAAGGAGUUAUCUCGCUGGCUCAACUGAAGCCACCACAGCCGGUCCCCGACGAGUCGACUUCAACAGGUGGGGACACACCACUUAUCAAGUCUGAUCGAUCUGCCAGGGAGAGCAUUAAGAAGGAGAGCAGUGCUGCUUCACGGCAGUCCAUGACUCCAGAAGCUGCUAUGCGGGCUUCCACUCUCGCCAAGGUCGAGAGCAAGCAAGAUGCCGCUCGUGCAGCCAUUAUUAACGGUGGGGAGAAAUCAGAAAAGAAGAAAAAGAAGCGUGUGACCGCAGAAACUGCUUCUCAAACGUCCUCUUCUACUCGCCUGCCACCUCCAUCCUACGCACAAGCUGCGCAAGCCACGCAAGCUCCUCCAUCUAAGUCGCCCUCUCCUCCGGAGGCUACAGCUACGGAGACGAUUACAUACAAGGCCUCUGAGGAGGAAGCGCCGGAAUGGGCAAAGAAACUGAUCAGCCAACAUUUCCAACAGGCCGGCUCCUCUACAGCCAGUAACGUCGAGCUUAAUCCCAAGAAGCUAGAAAAUGCAGUACAAGCGGAGAUGACCAAAACUCUGUCUCGUGAAUUUGAGGUUCUUCACAAACGUCUCGACGAGGAGAAACGCAUCUUCCAUGCUAAUUUCAACACCAAGCAAGAGGCCAUCCUUCGACUUGUGUCCAGCACCUUAUCAGAAAAUGUCGAAAAGCUCCUUUUGAAGAUGAUCGAAGAUACCGUUCGCACAGUCUUGCUCCCGCAGGUGGUGGAACACACCACGUCAACUCUAGAGAAGACUGUGGGCAGUGGAUUGAAGUCUUCUUUGGAGAGCCAGCUUGCAAAGGACCUGCCUGAAUCUGUUUCCCGAGCUUUUAAAAAUCCACAAAACCUGCACUCACUUUCUGAUACGGUGGCAAAGAGAGUUUCUGGAACCCUCGAGCCGAAACUGUCCGCAGCCUUUGGGUCCAUUGUCAGCCCAGCAAUCUCAAAUUUAACUCAUACUGUUGAGCAUGAAAUUGGUCAUCAGCUUCGCCAAGCUCAGGUCCAGCGUCGCGAUGACGCAGGCAAGAUCGCUCAGCUUACGGAUACGGUACAAACUUUGACUGAAACAGUCCAGUCCAUGGUAGCCAGCCAGGCUGAGCUUCAAGGCCAAGUCAUGAAGCUUCAGCAGCUGCUUUCUCAAUCUCAGGGCAAAGAGCCAUCUAUCGGACCCACUACUACACGUGCCACACGCGGAUCUCCCAUCAAGCAAAAGACUCCCGAACAGGUUGAAGCUGAGACCAUUACUCGUCUAAUGGCGGAAGGCAACUACGAGCAAGGCACAAUGCAAUGGCUUCAGUCACCCCGCUCUGCAGAGCUGUUUGAGUCUGUUUUCGUCCGCUGCAAUCCCGCAUACUUAAGGCAGGUGUCUGCACUUCUUGCUCUUUCCACCGGUGCCGUGGUAACUGAGUCGCUGGACCAACAUGUACCAGAGCGGCUGAUCUGGCUUGAUACAGUCCUCGCUAGCGUUGAUCCACAUGACCCCGAGAUCCACGAUAUUGUCCCACGCAUUAUGGAUGUCUUGAACCAGCGCCUCACCGCCGCCUAUAUCAAGCUCAAUGAGAGCAGCCCUGGCAACCAAAUGCUCCGCCGGAUCUCGGCCCUGGUCAAGAAAGUCAACGACUUGACCCGCGCUGUUGCGGUUCAUCGCGAAUGA